CUCUCUCUCUCUCUCUCUCUCUCUCUCUCUCUCUUCGCCAUUUCUCUAACCCUCUCUCUCUCUCUCUCUCUCUCUCUUCGCCAUUUCUCUAACCCUUGCUCCCCCUGGGAUCGCGCGCCCCCUCCCCCAACCUCCAUCGACAUGGCCGCCGCCACCGCCGUCGCCGCCGCCGCCGCCGCCGCCGAUCACCCUGCCGCCCCUGAGGACGAAAGGGUCUACCUCGUUCCUUACAGAUGGUGGAGAGGGGCGCAGGAAUCGGUGGCGGCGGUGGACGGGCUCAGGGGGAUCCCCUACGCCGCGACCCCCGUGGCGACGUCGUACGGGAUGAAGAUCAUCAGCAUGUUCAGCUCCGAUCUGGUCUUCAACCUCCGCCGCAGCGAGGAUUUGAACCAGGGCGAUGCGGAGGAGGGGGUCCCCGGGCGGAGCUUCGCGUUGAUUCCGUCGGAAGUGUGGCUGCAGGCGUUCAAAUGGCAUACUGACUCUAAUAUGGCUUUCAAGAACAACAAGAACCUGUCAAUCUCUGAAGAAGGCUUUGGUGGUGUUUAUCCUUUAAUGCUCAGGAUAUCUGUUAUAAGGGAAACAAAUAUAUUGGCUGUGAAGAUUAGUAAAAAGGACAAUGCAGUCGACAAUUAUAAAAGAGCAAGCAAAAUAUUUGCUGUAGAUGCUGAGCCAGUUUAUAUUUGGGAUUUUUCAGGACAAACAAAUCUCAUCUUAAUGAAUGAGUGGAAUAGGCUACCUCAAGAUUGUCGCCAGUCUGAUCAGGAGAUUCUUCUAGAACUACAAGUCUAUGCAUUAUCUGAGCCUAUGGGUUGUAAAGUUGACGGGAAGAAAGAUGAGUUGACACUGCAACAAGCUAAUAUUACUGGCUUUUCUGGUGAUGAUUUAAUGAUGAGCAAUGGCAGUCAUGCGGAUGUGAAUUCUGACUUUUUAAGCAACAGCUCAAAAGGAGUUGGUUCCUUGGGGUUAACGGGAUUAGAAAAUCUUGGAAAUACAUGUUUCAUGAACAGUGCCAUCCAGUGUUUGGCACACACACCAAAGCUUGUUGACUAUUUUCUUGGAGAUUAUAACAGAGAAAUAAACCCACACAAUCCAUUAGGAAUGAAUGGUGAACUUGCUUUGGCAUUUGGAGAUCUAUUGAGGAGGAUAUGGGCUCCUGACAACAGUCCAGUAGUCCCACGCCAUUUUAAGGCAAAACUUGCACGUUUUGCACCACAGUUCAGUGGCUAUAACCAACAUGAUUCGCAGGAGCUUCUUGCUUUUCUGCUCGAUGGACUCCAUGAAGAUCUGAAUCGUGUAAAAUCUAAGCCGUAUAUUGAAGCUAAGGAUGCUGAUGGUCGUCAAGAUGAAGAGGUGGCAGAUGAGUACUGGGGAAAUCAUUUAGCUCGAAAUGACUCUAUUAUAGUCGACAUAUGCCAGGGUCAGUACAAGUCAACUUUAGUUUGCCCCGUUUGCAAUAAGGUGUCCGUCACAUUUGAUCCUUUCAUGUAUUUGUCACUGCCCUUGCCUUCAACAACAAUGAGAGCAAUGACUGCGACAGUUUUUAGUUCUGAUGGUAGUUCAGAGCCAUUUCCAUACACCAUAAGCGUUCCAAAGUUUGGAAACUUAAAGGAUUUCAUUCAGGCUUUAAGCAUUGCUUGUUCAUUGAGAGACGAUGAGAGCCUCUUGGUUGCUGAGGUUUAUAACAAUCGCAUUAUCCGUUACCUUGAGGAGCCUUCUGAUGCAAUAUCCUUGAUUAGAGAUGGAGAUAGGUUGGUGGCAUACCGGCUACCAAAAGAUAAUGAAAGGGCUUCAAUUGUAGUGUUUAUGCAUCAACGCAAGGAGGAGAGUUCCAUUUUUGGUAAAAUGACUACACGUUGGAAGAACUUUGGUGUUCCUCUUGUGGCUAGGCUUCCUGAAUCUGUCAAUGGAUCGACUGUCCACAGUCUAUUUCUGACAGUAAUGAACCCUUUUCGACAAUCGAAGGAUGUUGUUUUCGAAUCCGAAAAACAAAAUUGCGACCAAAGUCAUGUUAACGAAGUUAGUGAUAUGGAUGCAAGCUCUAGUGUGGCAGACUGUGAUGGGACGGCUGAUACCCUUGAAGGCAACUGUAUUGAGGAUGAAGUGCAAUUUUACUUAGCAGAUGAAAGGGCUCUAGUCCAGCAGGCUAAGAUUGAAAUGGAUGAACCGAUUUCGCUUGCUAGUUCGGGAAAGCGCUUGCACAUGCUUGUCUGUUGGCAGGAGAAGGCAAUGGAGCAAUAUGAUCUCAGCCUUCUGAAUACCCUACCUGAGAUUUACAAGUCUGGGUUUUUUGCAAAGAAGUCUCAGGACUCUUUCUCGCUCUAUUCAUGCCUUGAAGCCUUUUUAAAGGAGGAACCACUUGGCCCAGAAGACAUGUGGUACUGCCCUUCCUGCAAACAGCAUCAGCAAGCGAGCAAGAAAUUAGAUCUUUGGAGGUUGCCGGAAGUUCUUGUUAUACAUCUAAAGAGAUUUUCAUACAGCCGGUUCAUUAAAAACAAACUGGAAACUUUUGUAGAGUUCCCUAUUCAUGAUCUCGAUCUGUCAUCAUAUAUCACUCACAGGACCGAUCAGCCAUCCACCCAUUAUAGAUUGUUUGCUAUUAGCAACCAUUAUGGGAAUAUGGGAGGUGGUCACUACACCGCAUAUGCCUAUCACGAAGGAGAAAAACGGUGGUAUGACUUUGAUGAUCGCCAUGUCAGUCCUAUACUCGAGAACAAUAUAAAGACAUCUGCAGCCUAUGUUCUUUUCUACAGGAGAAUAUAAAGCAAAGGAGUGUUCACACCAAAUGACUAGAUUCUUACCAUGUCAAAGAUUCAAGGUGAAGUAGCUAGUGACCGACGAUCUGAAAUAUUGCAGCAACUAUUAUACUCUGUCCUUGUUUUCUUUGCUGAUUUGGAUAUGAACAAAACAUGAAGAUCUUGGUUGGAAGUUGAGACAAAGUGGAAGUGGAAUUAUUCGUGUGUACAACUUUGUGACUAACAAAAAGCAAGCCCGGAUGGCUACUGUAUGUUCAAAUGCCUUUCUCACCCAAUUUUUUCAUGAGGGGGAGAGUUUUGAUCUCGCUCCCUGUAAUUAUCUGAUCUCAUCAGGUAUUAACUGUAAUCUCUUCUUCUUCUUUUUUUUUUUUCCUGCAUUCUUAACAAGUCUCACCCUAAUAGUAUUUGAAAGUGUUGUCACCCUUUCUCUAUUUUUAGCUGAUUAUGAUCUUAAUCACCGAUCAAUUCGGUCUGCUGAAAUUGUUUCUGGUUCACUUUUAGUUAUUUAUCUUCUUUGUCGAGAUUCUUUCUGUACCAUUUAGUUGAUUGUGAAACUGUAACUGCCAAUUUGUUCAUUCAUGUAAGUUUACUCUCAUUUCCUUCAAAAAGAAAAGAAGCUGACUGUAUCAACUA